AUGACAGCCAGAAGAAUUCAGCAAACAAGAGUAUCUAAAGCAGUGGCAUACAGUGCCACCAGGACAAUAUGUCUGGGUGAGACUGGACAUACCGUAUCCGCAGAAACUUCCACUGAAGAUGUUAAGGUUCUUGCCAAGGACUAUCAGGAACUGACAAUGGUGUCAAAGCCACGAGAAAUAUCCAUACCUGAGUCCCCUGUUAAGGAAGAACAAAUUCAAUCAUCUGGUUCUUCCAAUCUGACUUUAACCCCUGUGACCGAAUUCAUCAUCUAUGGAUUCCCGAGUCUUCAGAACUACCAGACUUUGCUUUAUUGUGUAUUUCUUUUUAUCUACCUCUUCUCCCUCACUGGUAAUGGCAUCAUCUUCCUCCUGGUCAUUCUGGACCAAAGGCUACAGACUCCAAUGUAUUUCUUUGUCAGCAAUUUGUCUUUCCUAGAUAUGAGCUACACCUCGGUCACCAUCCCGAAGAUGUUGGCAAAGUUCUCGAUGCACCUUGAUACCAUUUCCUACACCGCCUGCUUUGUGCAGAUGUAUAUGUUCCUGUCUUUAGGAGCAUCAGAGUGUUUACUUCUGACCGUAAUGGCCUAUGAUCGAUAUCUUGCCAUAUGCUCUCCUUUACAUUAUCAUACAAUUAUGACAAAGAGAUUAUACAUAAUUCUAUCAGUGGCAGCAUGGUCUGGGGGAUUUAUUUCUCCAGUACCUCUCUUAAUCUUAGCCCUGAACAUACAUUUUUGUGGUCCUAAUAUCAUACACCAUUACUACUGUGAUCACCCACCAUUGCUGCAGCUGGCUUGCACCAACACAUCCCUCAACGUCGCAGUUGGGUCCUUGUCUGCGGCCUUUAUUAUUUUGAUAAGUUUUACCCUUGUUCUAAUUUCUUACUUUAAAAUAUUAAUAACAAUCCUCAAGAUAAAAUCCAAUGCUGGACGCAGGAAAACAUUUUCUACAUGCGCUUCCCACUUCACAGUGGUAAAUAUAUUCUUCCUACCAAUUAUAUUCAUGUACAUUCGGCCAAUGGCAUCCUACUCCUCAGAUGUGGACUCUGUAGUGGCCAUGCUUUAUACAGUAUCAACAUCAGUGAUGAAUCCCAUCAUAUACAGCCUGAGAAAUAAAGACAUAAAGGUUGCUUUUAGAAAAAAAAUAAACUGCAUACGUUUCAGAUAG